AUGUUCGCCCAGCAGCAGGGCAAUGGAAGUCUGGAUCUAGCAAAGCAUCUGCGGUACUUUACAAGAUGCAUGCGAACACUGCUGCCCCAGCAGUACACGAGCAACGACAGCACCCGCAUGGCCCUCGGCUUCUUCAUCAUAUCUGGCAUUGACCUCCUGACUCAAGACGCUUCCUCCACCGAUCCAAAAAACAGCAAGAACGCUUCCAGUAUCUCCGCUACAGACCGAUCGAACUUCCGUGAUUGGGUGCUGUCGUGCCAGCAUACCGCCGGCGGCUUCGCUGGCUCAACCACUCACACGCUACCUCCGCACGAGUAUGACGGCUGGGACUUCGGAUCACUGCGCACCGAGCCCGGGAACUCUAACUGCUCAAACAUAGCAGCCACUGCCUUUGCGCUCCUUCUUCUUGCCCUCCUAGCCGAUCAGGCCUCGGGAGAAGCAGUCUUCUACGGCGUCGAUCGCGUCGCCACACUUCGCUGGCUGAAGAAGCUACAGCGCCCCGACGGCAGUUUUGGGGAAGUUCUCGUCGAUAUUCCAAACAUCGACUCACACGAUGCAAACAAAAAAGGACCCGGCUCGGUGACCGAGACCAUCGCCGGUGGCCGGGACAUGCGAUACUGUUAUCUAGCCGCUAUAAUACGGUGGAUACUGCGCGGUGAUAUGCAACCCGAAGACCCCGGGUGGGUCGAGGAUAUUGAUGUCGAAGCUCUCGUGCGUCACAUCCGUGCGGGCCAGACCUUCGACGGCGGCGUUGCAGAGAGCUCCAUGCACGAGAGCCAUGCGGGCUACGCAUACUGCGCCGUCAGCGCACUUUCGCUCCUCAGCAGACCUCUCGAAGGCAACGUAGCGGAGACUCAAACGGGGCCUCCUCAGUCCUCCGUAAACAUACCUUAUAUACUCCACUUCCUUGCUUCUAGGCAGUUCGAGUACACAGAUGUGCUCUCCGACGAAGACGAUGACGAGGAGAAUUUCUUCCAACCAGACUCGCUCUCCCGCUUGUCUCUCACUGACGAAUACCCACCAUUUGUUGGUUUCAACGGACGAGUCAACAAAGUCGCCGACACAUGCUACUCUCCGAGGGUGUCUAUGUAUCCAUGGCGCAGGAGUCGGCUCGCCGUUUCUUGA